CUUCGUCACAUUUCGUUAGUUUCUGUUUACUUAGUUUUUUCUUGUUUUCUAUUAAAUUUUUAUAGGUAAUAAGUGAUUGAUUGUGUAGUUUUGGAUAAGUGAUUGUUGAGAAGUUGGCAGCGUACUGGACUGAUAAAACCCCCAUUUGAGAAAACUCCGCGUUUGAUUUCGAUGCUAUAUUCUCCCUAAGCAGCGCCCCGCGUACCGUCAGAAAUGGGAAAAUUUGCGCGAAAGAACCAAAAGGAGCUUCGACUAGAAGCGAAGAAGAAAGCUCGUGGCCCGAAGAAAGUCACAGCUGGCGAGAAUGUCAUGGAAAAGGAUGACGGCUUUGUGGACCCCGAUGCGGAAGACUUCAUUUACGACGAUGUCGAUCGGCACCAUCAGCAAAAGCACAAGGAUAACAUGGCCAGCGGUUUCCAGUUUGAAGAAGAAGACGAAUCCGAUAAUGAGGAAGAAGUCCUUCCCGUCGGCGGCGAAUCUUCCGAAGAUGAAGAAGACGAUAGUGAGGAGGAUGCCCAGAAUGAUGAAGAAGAAGGUCUUCCAAAUCGAUCCGCUUGGGGCACCAAGCGCUCCGCGUAUUAUCAGACGGAUUUCGUCGAUAAGGACCACGGAAAGUUUCUGGGUAGCGAUGCCGAAGAAGCAGAGGAAGAGGAACGCGAAGCGCGUGAACUGCGCGCCAAGAUGACGGCUGAGCUGACCGAAGACGACUUUGGUCUUACCGGAUUAGCGCCACUGGAAACACCUUCAACAAAUGAAGCGCUGGAUGCGCCGGUUGUGACUGAAACCACAGCGCUGGAUAUUUCCAAGCUGACAGAAUUGGAGAAGAUGGAGCGAUUGAAGCAAGAAUCUCCAGAAUUGCUGGACCUAAUCGCUGAUGGAAAACGAAAGAUGUCGGAGCUCACGGAAAUUUGGAAUCCUUUGUUUUCUGCAGUCACCAAAACUGAUCAGAACGCUUUAACUGAUCGCGCGGAGCGAUACGUUAAAACGAAAUAUCAGUUGGUUUUAGGGUAUUGUCAGAAUAUUGCAUUUUAUUUGUCCCUGAAAGCCAAGAGGGUUUCAAUGGAUAAUCAUCCGGUUACGCGGCGGUUAGUGGAUUUCCGUAAAUUGUUUAUUAAACUGGAGCCGCUGGAUAAGUUAUAUUCCGCCGAAAUGAAGCGAGCCGUUGCCGCCUUGAAAAACGGACAGAAACUACAAUCCCUCAGGCGGAAAGCAAUGAAAACACUUUUGACAGAGAAAAGGGUCAAGUUUAUGGAUGAUAUUGCUGCAAAGCCUGCAAUAACGAAAGAAAAGCCUUUAUCACAACGAGUAAAGGAAACGCCCGCGUCCGCUGAGGAUGAUGAUGAAAUGGAAGUGGAUGAAGAAAACCCGAAUGCGGGCGAUGUCAAGCGUGCCGUGACCUAUCAAAUUGCCAAGAAUAAAGGAAUUACACCGUACAGGAAGAAGGAGUACCGCAACCCGCGUGUCAAACACCGCAUGAAAUACCGCAAAGCUCUGAUCAGUCGGAAAGGACAGGUGAAAGAGCACCGCCCGGAGCUUAGAAAGUAUGGUGGAGAAAUUUCCGGAAUACGUGCUGGUGUCAUUAAGAGUCGAAAACUAAAAUAGUGUUUAAAUGAGAGACAAGAGUCUGAAACUGAAAUAUUAAUUAAAUGUUUCGUUGAAUGAGUGUUGCGAGAUGGGCCAAAUCGUGCGGUGUAGUGUGCACUGAAUGUGUACGUAUCUGCCUACGGGGCUGUGGCCGCUGUGCGUGAGAGAACAUCAGAUUAACGAUCGUAAAUACAGAUAGAUAUAUU